AGGCGUCGCGCGCUGCGGGAGCCAGGAGACCCCCGCCCCCGCCCCCGCCCCCGCCCCUCGCCCUCCGCCGCGAACGCGCACGUGAACGGGAGCGCGGACGCGUCCGUGAAUGCGCCUCACCUCGCUCAAACCCUACCCGGCGGCGGAGGGAGGGAGACGCGCUCCCGAGAAGCGGGUGGGCUCUGUGGAGAGUCGCGGGCUCGCGGGCGGCGGCACCUCCUCCACUCCGGCGGGCCCGGGUUCGGCUGGCCGCCCAUCCGACUGGCCGACUGGCUGACUGACGCGCGUCGCUGCCCCCGCCUCCGCCCGCGCCCCGCCCAGCUUCAUCUCUCCCUCCGCUCCCCGGGCUCGCGGGCAGACGGAGGCGCCUCUCUUUCCCCGCCCCUCGCCUCGGCCCUUUCUCUUCCUAGCACCUCGACUGCUCCCCGGCGGCGGCAGCGGCAGCGGCGGCCCACACAACAGCGAGAAGGCGAGAGGAGGCUGCCUCGAGGAUGAAGUGCAAACCCAACCAGACGCGGACCUACGACCCCGAGGGGUUCAAGAAGCGGGCGGCGUGCCUGUGCUUCCGGAGCGAGCGCGAGGACGAGGUCCUGUUAGUGAGUAGCAGCCGGUACCCGGACCGCUGGAUCGUGCCGGGCGGGGGCAUGGAGCCCGAGGAGGAGCCGGGCGGUGCGGCGGUCCGAGAGGUGUACGAAGAGGCAGGAGUCAAGGGGAAGUUAGGCCGGCUCCUGGGCGUUUUCGAACAGAACCAGGAUCGCAAGCACAGAACGUACGUGUAUGUACUGACUGUCACGGAGCUGCUGGAGGAUUGGGAAGAUUCGGUUAGCAUUGGGAGGAAGCGAGAGUGGUUCAAAGUCGAAGAUGCCAUCAAGGUUCUCCAGUGCCACAAGCCCGUGCACGCCGAAUAUCUGGAGAAACUAAAGCUGGGCGGUUCCCCAACCAAUGGAAACUCCAUGGCCCCAUCCUCGCCAGAUAGCGAUCCCUAAUGAACAGCAAAGAUGUUCAGGAUUUUGCUGAAAGAAACAUUGAUGUGAACCCAGUGAUCAAUGGAAUUGUCAAGUACAGGUGAGCACUUCUGUGUUCCCAAGAAGACAGCUCAUCUGGUUUCUUCCUGCAUCUUGGGACACUCCUUUCCUGUCUAUACCACUGACUCUUGCUCUGGUUGUUGUACUAUUAUACGUGAACAGACUCUUAAUUCAGCACCUAUAGCCUUUUGUUGUGCUUUUUUGAUGUGUCUGCCUUCAUUAGACUAUGAUGUCUUUGAGAACAAAGACUAUUUUUCCUUACUCUUUGCAUAUCCUGCAUCUGAGACACUACUUGAAAUAUGGUUGGCAUCACUGAAGGUUCUUUGAUUCAAUUAAUAUUUUGUAAUCACCGUGUGGCAAAACAUUCCCCUUCCAAUCUGGUGCUAGUAGAGUGUAUGCUAUCUAGGCACCAUGUGUGUGGCUUUUGUGUAUCAGGUGUUUCAGAAAUAUUUCAAGGCAGUUGUAAGAUGUUUGAGGACAAGAAUUAUUACUCCUAUUUCUAUGUCAUACCACACAGUAGCUGCACAGUUUUAAGAUUAUGCCAUCGCCUAGGGUAAUGUUUUGUAGAAUCAGUCCUUCGUGUAACAACUCUAGUGUUUUUGUACUGUUGAUGAUUUGCUUAAAUUUUAUUCAAAAACUAUCACUUGCUAUAAAGGUAAUUGUAAAAAUAAAUACAGUGGACGCAAAAUAAUGUUGUGAGUUUUUAUAAAAGUAAAUUUUAAAAUGAUAUAUAAGACUUUUUUUGCAAUGCCUGCCCUAACCACUUCUUACAUGUCAUCUUAACAUCUCUUUGAGGAAACACCGUUUCCUCAUUUUACAGAUUUAACAUACUGUAUUAUUUGAUGCCAGAGCCAACAGGCUAUAUCAUAGGCAGUUUCCAAAGUUAAUUAUGCCAUUUAGUUUGUCUAGAUUUCUUUUGCGUCUCUCACUGUUGCAUUUGGCUGUAGUUUUCAUUCCUUUUCCAGUACAUACAGCUAGCUCCUCAUCCUACCUGGUUUCUGCAUAUGAGAAUGCAGAGGGCUGAGAGAGGGCAAAAUUGUUGUCACUUAGAAAAGGCAUUUAGGAAAGAGGCUGCUGUUAGAGGGGAACACAAAGUGAAGGAUUUUUUAAAAAAGAGGACUUGGAUCAGCUGCCUCCAGAACAACUUUAAGAAAAUAACAAAGAUGUUUAGAAGAAAUCUUACGGAGUUUGCCAUGGGAUGUGUGAUAUCAGCAGUCUUCAGCUCCUUACAAAUUACCAAAAGUGGUUCUAAUAUGCUAGUUUGUUUGAUUUUUUUUUUCUUUUACAUUAUAAAGCAAUUGCAUCGAUAAAAGCUUGGACUCCAUUUUAGUGUGACACUCUUCCUCAUGAUACCAGUGAAAUGUAUUGUGUCCCCAGUUGUUACAUAAUUUGAAAUAAAAAUAUAACUUGUUGAUUUAUUGUUUUUUUAAGAUGUGAUAUGGUACUGUGGUUAUGUUGUUUUAAAAAAUUACUAUCUUUGAGAGAAGUAUACUGAAAAAUGUACAGGUGAAAUGAUAUGCUACUGGUAUUUGUUUCAAAAUCAUCUGAGUGUGGGGUAAUUGAGUACAUAGAUGAAACAAGAUUGGCCAUAAAUUGGUAAUUGCUGAAGCUGUGUGAUGGAUGUUUGAGAGUUCAUUAUACUAUUCUCUAUACUUUUGUAUAUGUUUGAAAUUUUCCAUAAUAAAAAUUGAAAAAAGUA